GCCUCAUAGAAUUCUUUGGGAGAAAGAAGAAAUAUCAGUCCUUGUAUGACUGAAUCGUAUCUGGGUUUUUUCUUUCCCCAGGUCAUUGGUCUAUUCCCAUUCCCCAUUCCCCAUUCCCAAUUCUUGAGGAGAGACAGAGCUCAGACCCAGUGGAUCUCACGCUAACAUUUCUUGGACUCAACCAACGGAUUUCAGAAUACUCAGAUCUCUAUUGAAAACUGCUUUUUUUUUUUCACUUCUUCUUGCCUCUUCAAAGUAAUCCCACUAUUUGAUUCGUCGUCUCCGUCACCAGAUUAGAUUGCAUAUACGCGCUAUAUUGACACACAGUUUGAGAUGGUUUUGAUGACUUUCUAGAGUAUAUCGGCAACUGAUUAGAAAAAGGAACAGAAAUUUGCAAUGGGUUCGAAGAAAAAAGCAUCUUCUUCCAAGAAUUCGCGCUCUGUUUCUCAGGGGAACGAUACGUCGAUAGCGGGCCUUCAAAUGAAGCAUCAACGUGAGCUAGAAAAUUUGACUCUUAUGACACAGCCUUUCAAAACAGCAAAGCUUUUCAUUAUUGCUGUAGUGCUCUACCUCAGGCGGUCACUCGCAUAUCUUUUGUCACAUGUAUGGUUUAUGCUUUUGAGUAGUGUAGUUGUGCUUGCUGGGAUAAUGCUCGUGAUUACUGAUGGUUUCCAUGGAAAGCAUUUUGAAGAAGUUCUCAAGUAUGUACAGUUUGGGCUGUGGUGGGUGUCCCUUGGUGUUGCAUCUUCUAUUGGACUUGGAUCUGGUUUGCACACAUUUGUACUCUAUCUUGGCCCUCACAUUGCUUUGUUCACUAUAAAAGCAAUGCAGUGUGGGCGAGUUGACAUCAAAAGUGCUCCAUAUGAUACAAUACAAUUGAAAAGAACCCCUUCAUGGCUUGGCAAAGAGUGUUCAGAGUUUGGACCCCCAUUAUUUCCCCCAUCUAGUGGCGCAAGGGUUCCACUUAGCAGUAUAUUGCCUAAUGUGCAAUUAGAGGCUAUACUGUGGGGUCUUGGGACUGCGCUUGGAGAGCUUCCGCCUUAUUUUAUUUCAAGAGCAGCAAGAAUUUCAGGCAGUAGAAUGGAAGAAUUGGAUGCUUCCUCGACUGAAGACAAUGGAUUUUUUGCCACUCAUUUAAAUCACAUCAAGCACUGGUUUCUUUCAAAUGCUCAAUAUUUGAACUUUGGCACAAUCCUGCUACUUGCUUCGGUUCCUAAUCCUCUAUUUGAUCUGGCUGGCAUAAUGUGUGGACAAUUUGGCAUUCCGUUCUGGGAAUUUUUUUUUGCUACUUUGAUUGGAAAGGCUCUCGUUAAAACUCAUAUACAGACUGUGUUUAUUAUUUCAGUGUGCAAUAAUCAACUCCUCGAGUGGAUUGAAAAUGAAUUGAUUUGGGUGCUCAGCUUUGUACCCGGCAUUGAUUCCAUCCUACCUAAUCUUAUCACCAAGCUUCACUCCAUGAAAGAGAAGUACAUGGCAACCAAACCCCACGUGCCUUCAAACAUCAAGGUGAGCAAGUGGGACUUCUCGUUUGCUUCACUUUGGAACACCGUGGUAUCCAUCAUGCUUUUGAACUUCUUCGUUAAGAUAGUGAACGCGACAGCGCAAAGGUAUCUUAAGAAACAGCAGGAGCGGGACUUGGCUGCAAUGAAGGGCAAGGCGACAGUAGAAACAGAUCAUUAAUCUAGACAACGAAAAUGCUGUUUGUUUACAACACUUAUUAACAAAUUUCACGAGUCACCGCUCCUCCCUACCAGGAACUUGUAUAGGAGACGAAAACCAAAAGCUAAUAUGUUUUUAUUUAGUGUGGGGAUGAACAUUAUUUUUGGUGGCCAAUUGAAUGCCAUACUGCCAUUCUUGACAAUAUGGAGUUUGUUUAACAAUUCAUGUUAGAAAAGUAGUAUUCUUCAUCA